CGGCUCAAACCCUCCUGUCGAAGCCGAUCUCUAUCGCUCGUCGCUCGAAAUAUACCACAAUUUCGGUCAAACCACCAUAUCGCAGAGGCCAUGCACUCCUCAGCGCAGACGCCGCAGUCCUUGCGGGAGAUAAUAGGAUACUCGCAGCAGAUUCUCAAACGACAUAAGGAGAAGCAAGGGAGUAGAGAUGCUUGUCUAGAACUCGAGAGCACCAUGAAGAUUGUGCAUGACAGGGCACUGCAGCUGAAAAAUUCACUAAACAUGCAAAGAGAACACGUACUAUCCAAUGAACACGUUGCUCAAAGACAGCGGGUACGACAGCUCAAGCGGGAGACACAGAGAAAGGAGGAUUCGAUCGAGCGCUAUAGUAGAUUGAUGACUGAUUGGGAGUCCUCUCUCGCGAAUCUGUCCUGCAACAUGGACAUGUCACUGUCGCGUGGACUCCCGGAAGGCCAUGGCUCGUCAGUUCCACCGAGCGCAGAUGAACACGGAGAAGAUGACGAAAUAAUCAAGACGGAGAGUCGAUUCGAAGCGCAGUAUGAAGAGUUGGACGAUGUGGACGACAAUCCGUACGAUGCUGGUGGGGACGAUCGGAUUUUAGCGGGCGGGAUGCUGCCGUCUUUCGCCAGCAGCGGGCCAAUGAGCAGUCAGCCGCCAGCGAUCGUCAAUGGCAUGGGGGACAUGCUCCUAACGGCAAACGAUCUUCUGUCGGCAAAUUUGGGUGGAACUUUAACGACGUAUGGGGGGACGCAGGCCGAUGAUCUUCUGGGUGGGAGUUUUGGAACAUCGAUGGCUUUCCUGCCAAUGAACCUUGAUGAUUUGUCUGGACAUGGCGGGCCAGGCCGGUUUGGAACAAGUGCAGUGAGCAUGCUAGGGGCAUCUACGACUGCAAUAGCCCCGAUAACCCCUACUGUCGUUGACCAAUCUCACAACUUCUUCGACCUAACGGGAGGUGCAGAUGGUCUGAACGGCCUGGGGCAACUCACGGGUGCGGAGGGAACCGGUGCCGAUACAGAUUUUCUCAACUCAUCCGAUCUGGUUGACAUGUCAGCCAUGGAUCUCGACCUAGGGAUGGUGGGUGCAGGAGGGGCAACGAAUGACACAGAUGCUCUCCUCAGGGCAACCCCACGAAUGAACAUGCAGAUUCCCGAUGAUAGCGCGACAGCAAACGCCAUCACCAACAUGGCGGGUCUUACGGCUACUCUAGGCUUCUCCAAUCCCGGCGUAUCUUCCGCACAAGACGCCUUAGUCCCCAACGCCGAUUUCAACACCUCGUAUACCAGCAAUCCGAUGACGACAGACACCGGCGAUCCCAUGGGGAUGUUGGAUUGGAACAUGGGCGAUGUGGGCGGCGGGGACUGGGCCUCCCUAGCCUUCGACGGGUCCCUAGACGACGGAGGCGGGAUCGGCGGGUUCAGCGGCGACUUCGGCGGCGGCGGAAGUACCAGCGGGUUCGAUGGCGGCGGAGGAGGAACCGGCGGGAUGUCUGGGUUGACGUCGAUGUUUGGAACGCCGACACUCCUGCCGGCAUCGACGAACGUGAAUAAUCCGGCUAUCACGACGUCGGCGGGUCAAAGCGUUAUGCUCACUGGGUUUCCGCUACCUCAGGAUCCACCGUCGAGUAGUGAGACGGCCGCGACUCCUGGUAAUGAGAACCCGUCCGGGCUGGACGAUCCUGCCAAUGACGCCAGUUUGGGCGCGUUGUUGGAUGGAGGGUUGCUGACUGGCACCUCGGCCGCCGAUUUCUUUGAGGAGUUCAUGAAUGUCCAGUGAAACAAAGAGAAGUCAUCUGCGUGGUCGGCGGAAAUGAAUCUGGCUGUUUGCUGGCCAAAUGAUACGAGCUCAUAUCCCCCCUUAUGUGUUUUCUGGUCGGUAGCUAUCCCUUCAUAUAUAUCCCCAUGGCAAUACCAUCAAACAUAC